AAGAAGCGUAGAAGUAGAAGUAGAAGCAAUAAGCACUUGCUGCUACUGAUUCCUUUCUUCCGUCAUCACAGGUUUGGAAAAGUAACCGUCACUUGGCGGUUUAUUUUGUCCCUCCUUUUCCCACUCCCACCACCGUUAAUUUAAAGUAAAACCGAUGUUCAAACGAAGAAAAAAGGAUCCGAGUUUUAGUAGUAACAGCAGUGUCUCAGAUAUAGCAAUGCCUCCUUUUCCUCAGGUCAGAACAUCUCCAGCAUCUUCAUUCAAAUCCUUCAUCUUCAUGCUCUCCAUUCUCCUCAACCUCUACCUCCUCUUCCUCACGUGGGCCCCAUCAUUUGCGCCACUUACCUCAUCCACUCGCAUCACCACCCUCUCCCCGACCACGCGCCGCCACCUCCUUUUCUCCGUCGCCUCCUCCUCCCUCUCCUGGCCUCGCCGCCUCCCCUACCUCCGCCUCUGGUACUCUCCCAACUCCACCCGCGCCCUCUCUUUCCUCGACAAACCACCGCCACUUCCUCUCAACUCCUCCUCCUCCUCCUUUUUCCCGCCGGUUGUGAUCUCCGCUGAUACAUCCGCGUUCCCCUAUACUUUCCGCGGGGGGCUGAGGUCUGCGAUCCGAGUGGCGCGAGCUGUGAAGGAGGCCGUGGAUCGCAACGAGACAGACGUGCGGUGGUUCGUGUUUGGGGACGACGACACGGUGUUCUUCGUCGACAACGUGGUUCGGGCGCUAGCGCGGUACGACCACCGCCGGUGGUUCUACGUCGGGAGCAACUCCGAGAGCUACGAGCAGAACGUGAAGUACUCGUUCGAGAUGGCGUUCGGCGGUGGCGGCUUCGCGAUCAGCAGUUCCCUCGCCAGGGUUUUGGCGAGGGUUUUGGACUCUUGUUUGAGGAGGUACGCACACUUGUAUGGCAGCGAUUCUAGGAUUUAUUCCUGCGUUGCUGAGCUCGGUGUUGGCUUGACUCAUGAACCUGGCUUUCAUCAGUUGGAUGUGCGGGGGAAUUUGUUAGGGAUGCUAGCUGCACAUCCAUUGUCUCCAUUGUUGUCCCUUCAUCACUUGGAAGCAAUGGAGCCCAUAUUUCCCGACAUGGACAGUUUACAGGCUUUGAAGCAUCUUGUUGCCGCUGCAAAUGUAGAUCCUGCCAGGAUCCUGCAGCAAACUGUCUGCUAUGAUCAGUCAAAUUCUUUGACUUUCUCUGUUUCUUGGGGUUUUGCUAUCCAAGUCUAUCAAGGAAAUGAACUUCUACCUGACCUCCUCUCGGUACAGAGAACUUUUGUUCCAUGGAGGAGGGGUAGUAAAGUCAAUGCCAAUUUCAUGUUUAACACCAGAGACUAUCACAGAGAUCCUUGUAAAAGGCCUUCAGUAUUUUUCUUCAAAAGUGCUACAUCUGAUAAAAGGGGCAUUUGGAGCAGUUACAGUAGGCAUGACGAUGGGAACUGCUUUGAAUCCGAUGUUAGACAGCUCGAGCAGAUCAUAGUUUUUUCAAGGAAGCUGCAGCUUAAUAAUGACCAGAUGAAUGCCCCCCGUCGUCAGUGCUGUAGCGUCUUACCACCAUCUUCUAAUUAUACAACCAAUCUUCACAUUAGACAGUGUGAAAUCAAUGAACUGAUCUCCAUGCAAUCAUAGCAUUCAUUUCGGAAGUGGCCUCCUUUCAAAGCUUUGGAAAUUUCAUGAGCAAGAAUGUUUGUGUUGUAGGUGAUAUAACGCGGAUUUAGUUGAUCUUGUACAUUGUUUUGAGAGGAUAAGCGGAACUUGAUUCUUUUCUAUUUCUGAAAGAUGAAGAGAAGGAGAGAAAGAUCCCUGUCCUCAUUGUUGAAGAAAAACUAUCAAAGCUCAAAGAGGUUUCACCGGUGUGAUCAAACCCCUCACAGUUUUAUGGUUUACUGGACCCAGCACUUGCACGAAACAGUACACGUUUUAUCCACUUCUGAUAUCCAAAAUUGCAGGUAGUUUCUCCUUGUAUUUGGAGUGUGGUAACCUCAGUGAAGGGUCCAAUUUUAAUUUGGAACGUGAUCACCACAAGGGCCACGUCUGAGUUUUGUAAAUUAAAUUCUACCUAAUUAUUUGCCGGCUGCAUUGCGCAUAAACAUUACAGUCUGUUAGAAGUACGUUUAGAAAUAUUUUAACUCAAAUGAUUAUCUUUUCAUGCAUACAAGACAUGAAUACUUUAUUUUACAUUUGUGCCUAAAGAUGUAUAUCUCAAUUAUAAAGUUUUAUUUCAUUUCCGAGA